AUGAGGAGCUUUGGCGUUGUUUUGAUGUUCUUGGCACUAGUGUGCGGAUCAGAAGUACGAAUUCCACUAUUUGUACAAAAACCGGGCCAAGAAUCGCGUUCACCACUUGCCACGAUGGUUUACGAUGGGGAGUCGAGCGUUUUGGAAGUCAGCGAUGUUAACGAAGCUCUUCCCGAAGAUUCCUACUGCGUGGGCGCGCAGGUGGCUGAAAAUUACUACCCGUGUUUCUCCUACAUCAAGCUGAAAUACCCAUUGCAUUACGACCUGUAUCUGGAUACGAAAAGCGACUCGCAUCUACUCUACAAGCUAUCUCUCAAACCAAAUCCUCAGGCUUCGGGCAUCGAGGGCACAAUACGAAGCGCCCAGGAAGGACCACAGGCGCCCCCGGAAAAACUACGCAGGGUCACCAAGACGUACGAGGACAAGAAAAAGAAGGCACAGCUUGGCUCUGCUAGCGCUUCUUUCGAGGAGGACGUCGAGGUCGACGACCGUACGUUCUUGCAGAAGAACUGGAAGUACCUGCUCAUCGGUCUUGUGCUCUACGCUGUCUCAACCGGUGGAAGUGCUCAGCAAUGA